AAGCAAUUUCCUGCCCCGUGUUUGUGGCUUGUGAAGGUGGCGACAAUCUUCGUUCUCUCUCUCUCUCUAGAGCGCAAAGCACCAAACUUAGUGGCCCAUCGGAGUGCGCCAGCGAGCGAGCGAGUGAGUGGGACACAAUACGAGCCGCUAAAGUUAACACUCCCUCUCUCUCUCUUCCCCAGGGAGUCUCAACAACCGGAGUUUAUACGCCCACGUUGUUGUUGGUGGUGGUGGUGGUUGUUGUGGUUGGUGGUGGCGAUGCGGGGCCCCUGUAGGGAGGGCAGCCUAAGGCGCAGUGGUGGAGCCGUGCUCCGCUAAGUCCGACACUUUGUAAGAACUUUAUUUUAUAUAUUUAUUCGUCCGCGUGUGUGUCCAAACACACGCUCGUACGAGUUUUAAACAAGGUUUGUUUUUUCACUUCUUCUCGCCUUACCACACAACAACAACAACAACGUUUAAGAUAAACAAGCUUAGAUAUUAGAGAUGUGGCCGAAUCCCAACACGUCGCAACAGCAGCAGCAGGCAGCAGCAAGGGCCUCCGUCGUGUUCAAGAGGAAUGCCAUCACAGACGACUACAAAGUGUCGGCCCAGGUGCUGGGGCUCGGAAUCAACGGCAAGGUUCUGAUGGUGACCAACAAGAAGAACGGCGACAAGUACGCGCUCAAGAUGCUGCUCGACUGCCCCAAGGCGCGGCGCGAGGUGGAGAUGCACUGGCGCGCGUCGGGCUGCCCCCACAUCGUGCGCAUCGUCGAGGUCUACGAGAACAUCCACCAGAGCAAGAAGUGCCUGCUCAUCGUCAUGGAGUGCAUGGAAGGCGGCGAACUCUUCAACAGAAUCCAGGACCGGGGCGAUCAGGCGUUCACCGAGCGAGAAGCGUCGGAGAUCAUGAGAGACAUCGGAAGGGCGAUCGAACACCUCCACUCCAUCAACAUCGCUCACCGUGACGUCAAGCCCGAAAACCUCCUGUACACGUCGAGGCGAUCGGACCCCGUGCUCAAGCUCACCGACUUCGGCUUCGCCAAGGAGACGCUCAGCUUCAACUCGCUGGCGACGCCGUGCUACACGCCCUACUACGUCGCUCCAGAAGUCUUGGGGCCAGAAAAAUACGACAAGUCGUGCGACAUGUGGUCCCUCGGCGUCAUCAUGUACAUCCUGCUGUGCGGGUUCCCUCCGUUCUACUCGAACCACGGCCUCGCCAUCUCCCCCGGAAUGAAGAAGCGCAUCCGCCUGGGCCAGUACGAGUUCCGCCCAGAGUGGACGGCCGUGUCCGAGGAAGCCAAGCAGGUCAUCCGAAAGCUUCUCAAGACGGAUCCGACGGAACGCAUGACCAUCGCCGAGUUCAUGAACCACCCCUGGAUUAACCAAUUAAUGGAGGUGCCACAGACGCCUCUCCACACCAGCCGGGUGCUUAAGGAGGAGAAGGAGCUCUGGGAAGAUGUGAAGGACGAGAUGACGAGCGCGCUGGCCACGAUGCGGGUCGACUACGAACAGGUGAAGAUCAAGACGCUGGAGGACUCGAGCAACCCACUCCUGAACAAGCGUCGCAAAAAAAAACCGCCGGGUCUGCCGGCCGUGCUGCAGAAGCCGCAGCAGACGGCAACUGCGAACAAUUGAGCCGGUGUCGUCGUCCCCCCUCUCCCAGCCCGGUUGCGCGGAUGCUCGCUCGCUCGCCACGCCAGGUCGGCUUCGGCGAGCAGCUACAGACUGCAUUGGCGAGCGAGGCAACGGGGAAAGGGGUUGUGACGGACAGAUGUGCGCGUGGACGAGGAGUUCGGUUCCACGUUGGACAGCGUCUGCUGUAAGCGCCAUGGCGCGCUUCCCCUUCUCGUCCUGAGAAUCAUUGUGUCUGCAUCGAAGUGAACCUGGUCGGAAAAACGCAAGCCAAGCAAUGUUGGUGGUGGGCCGCUCUCUGUGUCGCCUUUGCUGGCGGCCGACUCGAGCAACAGUCUUGGUUCCGACGUUGGCGGUCGACGCAGUUAGUCGCGGGUUCCGUGCCGGCAUAUUUUUUGACGUCCAUUUGAUCUCAUCGAUCCCAAAUGGCCUGGACUCCCUUCGUCUCCACGCGUGGCCUUGAACACCACCUCUUGCACCGAGCAUCUUCCGUGCGUGCCUGCCCAAAGAGUUUGCGUAAUUGCACGGGCGUGCUGGGUUGCGCAGUCGGGAGUGUUUCUUGGGUCUUGGCGCCGGCAUCAAACCAAGACGCGUCGGCCUCGUCACAACUGGAAUCGGGAGGCGUUUUUGCUCCCUCCGCUAACCCUCAUCAAGUACAGCCACGACCACAAACGAACGGGGCGAUUUGCGAAAGGGCCCUUGCCGUGCUCAGGUGACGCGAGCGAACCCGGUCAGUGGCUCUGUGGGCAUUAAAAAUCUACACGAGUAUUUCAUAACCUACUGGUCCUCUCUAUCGGGGUCCCCCCGACAUGUCUGCCGCUGUGUGAAUUUUAGAGAAGUUUCUCGUCGUGGUGUCCCAUGACCCAGCUGAGUUGUUGUGGCCCACUAGCUUGUAGAAGGGCUUGCCAAAACUUGUCUUUCUAUGUGGCUGCCAUUGCUCUCUCCUAGUUGCUAUGAAAUUCAACUCUUGUAAACUUUUAUUUGAUUAUUAUUUUUUUGUUGCUGGGUUUGAUUUUUUUUUUGCCCGCAUUGGGAGGAGGUGGUUUGGGGAAAUCCCAAGCAGGGUUUAUUUUUUUUGCUGGUGUCUUUCAUUCGCCGAAAAAACUUUUAGAACGCUCGGGGCUUUUAUUGUUUUUAGAGUGUAUUUUUUUUUUACUGCGAUGGACAGUUCCACGAAAUUGCCUCCAGGUGAUGAAACAGAAACCAGCGUGAAUGUUCUGCGCAGACGCGCGCACGCAGGGUCUACAUGCGCUGCACUGUUGCUCUGUUCCUACAGCUGCCCUCGUGAACUCUCGCGUAGUGAAGGAGGUAUAAUAGCGGAACUCGCAGUCACAUCUUCACGUGGAAGCUUCCGCAAUAGCAAUAAUAAUAAAAAAAAAAUUGUAAAACAAAAAAUAAAAAGUAACGUUUUACCCAAACAGUACGAAAUGUUAUCGAUAUAAUAUAUAUUUUUAAACAUAUACUGUAUAUUCAUUACUUACAACAUGAGACUCGUUUGAAGGCAGAUCUUUAACGGAGCUGUGGUAAGCCAGGUGGCCAGGGCACUCAGCUGUUUCGUUGUUGACUUGGCUGUGGAGUCACGGACGUGCGUGGUGUACAUUUGCCACCCAGUGCCAGAUUAAACAAGCAAUGCGUCGACAUCAGGGUAAAAUCACGGUUGUUUUUAAAGAAGGGGUAUGGGGGGCGACAGGGUUAGGGUUCAGGGGUCAGGGUUGUGAUGACCUCAGAGUAGACAAUUGCCUUCUGGGAAGACUAAUGUGCCACGUAAUUAGUCGGGGUGGAACAAUGUAUUGAUUCGUAGAUUUUUUAUGGAUUCUUAAUGCUCGUGAAUAUGUGCAUCAAUUCGUCUGUGUGUGUGUGGGAAUUUAUUUUUUUCGACGAGCCUACAUUGUAAGUUUUGGUGCACAGUGGUUGGCAAACUGUGCUUUGAACCCAACCGUCUGAGUUUGAUUCCAGGCCAUGUCUUCUAACACAAGUGGCGAGUGAUAACCUGAACCGGUCUUGGGCAACCUGCCCCACCCUAAACUAACCCAUACCGACAAGCCUUUAAGAAUCACUUAAGAAUCAAUUAUUUUCAAUCCCUUGAUGUCAUGGGCUCUGGACACCCCUGCAGUCACUUCAGAGAAGCCGCUACCUUUCAUUGACACAAAGUAAAAACAAAAGGAUUCUUGAAUCGAGCGGCACCGGUCGACGCGGAAUCGCGAUGUGCGUUCCACCCCUAGUAAUUGCAUGGACGAGCAUCACUUCGUUUCGCGGAAACUUUUUUUUUUGAAGACGCAGUAGCUGUGGGUACGCUUUAGUGUGUCGUUAGCACCUCGACUUUUUGUGUUUACCCGAGUUGGCCCGAUGGGUAGGGGACAAGAGACGAGAGGACAAAGUGUGCGAUGUGUACACUCGCCGCCACGCUGCUUUGUUUAUCGUCUUCCUCUUCGCCGUUACUUUAGCUCCGAGCGGACGGUUGGAUCGCUGGGCUGUCGCAACCUCGCGCCCCGCAGCAGUAGCAUUGCGCUGGCGCGCAAGUCGUCCGUAGGGAGACGGUGCUGUCCGCUUCGCGUUUUAUCAUUCACGUAGUUCAGCGCCGACGACUCACUGCUUCUUCGCUUUCAAAACGGAUCCCUUGCCGCUCGCCGUGCGUGCCAACGAGUCGCGUGCGCGCCAGAAGCGAUUCACAUGGACUCGUAAGCAUCACGUGCCGUUCCCGAGACCGCCACGGAUGCGCCACAAUGUUUCUGAAAAUAAUAAUUGAUUUUCUUGAAUCAAUUUGCAUGUCCCCCAAUCAUGGCAGUGACUGUACAGGCCUACACGGUGCAGUGGUUAGCAAACUGCACUAGAAAAACAACAAUCUUGAGUUGGAUUCCCAUGCAUGGCUAACAUUGGUGGCGAGUAAAUUUAUGAGCCAGUCUUGAGUGUCACUCUACCCACACUGAUGAGCUUGGAUAAUGCUUGAAUUGUCUACAUUGUGCACAUCAGAGGGCAGUGCAGAACAACCCAUUGUUGCACCAUACUUGUGCGCUCCUUCACCAAUCCACACUGACGAGCGUGGUUUAGCAUGGUCCAAUAAAACUGGCUUGACGUGGGGAAGCCUUCAUCCAGCAGUGGAUUGAAAAGUGACUGUGACACAAUUGCAGUAUUAGGAUUUUACAACAGUCCACAUCAAGUUAGCCCGACAUUUCGCUACCCGGACGGCACUGUCUCUCCGGCCGCGUGAGGUCUCGCCCACUCUACCCCGACGACCCUUCAUGUGCAUGAGUCGGGCUGAGGGUAAAGUAUUGCUAUGGAGUCGAUUUACAACAUUUGCAUGGAAUUCGUUGUUACUCUCGGAUAACCACAUCCCGGUGGCUCCUGCAAGCAGAAGCGUGUGGAUUCCGUGCUCGUGUAUCGGUGCUGGUGGUGCGGGGAGCGGUGGUGCAGCCGCGCUAUGAACCCGGCGACCCGGGUUCGAUUCCCGCUCGCGGCCUAUACCAGUGACGAUUAUCUGAACCGAUCUUGGGCCAUCCCCUCGGUCGAAUCGGCCUCGGUUGAGUCACUGGUGGCGGUGCGUAAACAUCGCCAGCUAGGGAGACAAAGGCGGUGACCGGGCGUGAUUCUGGCCACCAACCCCCUCGUGUACCGUGCCGGCCUUCAUACGUGCCCGCUGACGGAACUUGCCCCAACAGUCUGUUCAUGUUUUACGGGGGAUCUGUGCCUUUGAUGUGGUAGUCGCGGUGGUGGUGGCGGUGGUGGCGGUGGUUGUGGGAGGUUAAUGAGCGUUCGCUGUAGUGUUUGGUGAAGUUUUUGGACGAGAGCCACGUGGCGUGUGGUGGGGCGUGACUCCGACGUAACGAUGCCUGUGAAGACGCCGGCGAGGUAAAGGGCGCGUUCCAUUGCCUCGCCCUGGUGGUGGUCAGGGUUCGCGCUCAGGCUGCGCAGGAUCGCACAGGGUUACGCUUGUCAAGGAAACCCAGGGAAAUUGCUCUCCGAGCCGCACAUUUGCGAUAUCCGAUUACAGGAAGGCAGUUGAGCAAUACCCGGCGGCUCUUUUGCAAUGAUUUUCCGUGCAAAUGUUGCUGUAAGGUAAUGGAUUUAAAAAAAAAUCUGUAUUUGUACUCCCUGACUAGUCUCUACAUUUUUGGAAAUGUGUUAAAAUAAUCUAUAACAGUUUACUUUCUAUUGACAAACAAAGUAACCCCAAUCUUCUGGUUCGGACGAGUGUUGGUGCAAUACGAAUGACAACAGCUUGCCGUCUGUUUUACACGCACGGCCCUUUUGGACAAUCCACUGCUGGACGAGGGGCCCCCUCCCCCUACGCUGUUGCAGGUCGUGAGGCUUGCUUGACGGUAUGAACCUCGGCACGCGGGUCAAGCGCGGUGUCGUGAAGUGUGGCCGCUUGCUAACGAUGCUCGAGUAGACGUCAACGGAGAGUGAACGGAAGUUUUGUUUUAUUCGGAUUCUCGGAAGUCGUCGGAGACUUCUCCCGGUUGGGAAUGCGUGUUUGAGCUUUUGUUUUCACCGUGCGCCGUGUGCGCGUACGUACGUUGAACUUCUUUCGCGCCGUACGUAAGCCAACCGUGCUAAUCGGAGGUGCGGGGGAAGGACAACAAACUUAAACACAAAAAAACAGUUCUAAAGGAAUUAUCAUUAUCAUCAUUUUUGUAUUGCUAGAAAAGGUAAAACCUAUUCUUAUUUUUUAUACUUUGAUACAGGCAAAUAAGCCCCAUGAUUUAGCUGCUCACCCCGAGCUAUAAAUGCUCUGAUGGUGGCAUUGUCUUUGUCCUGUUCGCCUUUUGGCGUGCUCUGGUCUGACACUGGUGAGACUAUGCCGUAAGGAAGGUUGCCUCUGGUGUAGGCCAAUCAAUUUCAAAGACGAUGCAUUUAUAAUUAUCAGAGCAUCUUUGUUAGCAUGUUCACCACAAGUUCGCGUGGUUAAUGCAGACUUGGUGUUUGAACCUCUUAACAUCUGUUUUAUUGCCGGAAAAGUUAAAACCUAUUUUCAUUUUUCGAAAGAAAUGACUUUACUGUGGGCAUCUUCAGAAAGUUAAUGAUGCUGGUGCGUUGUGAAAGCUUGGGAUUUGAAUGUCAGGUUGCGUGUUGAGAAAAGCACACUUGGGAUUACAAGCGGCCGCUACAAACCUCCCGUUUGUUGACUUUCCCUCGCACCUCAGAUUGGCACGCUUGUGCGACGUACGGUGCAAAAGAAGUUCUACACACAUGGAUGCCAGUUAAAAUAAUCGGAGGUCAGUUUUAUCGGCACCAAACAUCGAAAGUGUGCAGGAUUUGCGCCCAUGGGCGUCACAUGAUCGAGGGAAACAGUAUUUUUGUAAUGAAACUUCCGGUUUGAGUGCGUGUGCUUUAGCGUUAAGUUGAAUCUCCCUUCCUCGUCAUCUUCCCUGCACGUGAUUUUCUUUUUAAACGGUGUGGACCCUGCGUUUGCGACCGCUGGCUCAUGCUGCGAUUGGCCUGUGUUUCCAUCACGAUUGACGGGCGACGAUGUCUUGAUCGAAGAAAAAAUAACUCUCGUUUGUCAUCGUCUGUUACAAAGAGACAAUCGGUGGGCAUUUGGUGUCUUACCCAAAGAGCAUUGGUUUAUUUUCAGUCUUAAAUUGGAAACUCGCGCACACGUGAUGCAGGUUGUUGUUGUUGAUGUUUCACCCUCCGUAACGUGCAGUUGCGUUAAACUAUAGUCGUUAACAAUCACCGCACAUGCGAAAGGCGCUCUGUGUACAUUUGCGCAUGCGUGGCGAUGUACAUGCAAACGAGUGGAGGUGCAACGAUAUGUCAUCGAUUCGCUGAUGAAUUUCAGUUCUUAAGCCCUUGUUGCGUGCAUCCGAUUGCGUGUUUUGGAAUCGAUUUGCGUUUUCACAAUUUGUAUGUUAUGGGGGUCACAUGACCCCCUGCAGCCACUAGUGGCCACUAGCGGCUGCCGCAUUCACAGUUUCUUUUAUAAAUACACACAUAUAGUAUAAAGGACUUGUUGAAUCGUGACCACAAAUUGCGAUAAUUCAUCGAUUUGUCAGGGCUGGGCAUGGGUUGUGAAACCAUUAAACAAGUGAGCACGUAUAACUGGAAUAGCGACUGUUGUUUAACCACGUGCGGUCAUCAUGAGCACUGCUGCUUGACCGGUGUGUGUGUGGGGGGGGCAAGAGGCCAAUGACAAGACUCCUGUGCCUUGUGAUGUUUUAACUGAUUGUAUUUUAAAGCACUAUCUCGAUUUUAAGUGGUUCUUGUGCUUACUGUAGAAACUGCAAGUGGUUGGUGAUGUACUUAACAAACAAGCAACACAAAUCAUAAACACAGUGAUCGGCACCUCAA